ACAAAAUGGCUGACAUGGCAAUUUGGUAGAAACAAUUUGGAAGAGGACUUAGCCCGCGAGGGUGAUACGAGAGAGGUGUACAUUUUAUUGUACAGAAUAUUUUCUGAAAUUGUUGAUCUAUAUGGACAGAAAUUCUAUUUCUUCUCGUCAAUUGCUGAGGACUUAAAAAAUUUGUAUGCGAAUUUUCUUACAUAAUCUGAAUGAAGCGUGUCGAAACUGUGUGAAAACUGGUGAAUAAUUCAAAAAAGGUUCGCUUCUACCGUUUGUCUGCCAGGGUUAAGGAGAAUGGAUGUAACUGUCAAGAAUUUAGAGGGAAAUGAAGAAGAAAACUUUCAGGAGGAUGAAGAGACAAGCCCCGUAAGUCACAAAACAAAGAGCUAUGGUAUAUCCAUUGAUUCUGGCUUGAUUCCAUCUGUACCCGUCGAAGAGCAAGCAGCGGUGUUGAGAAACCUGGGAGUAAAUGUAUUUAACCAGGAUGAAUUUGAGGAAGGAGUUUUAAAGCAGGUCGAUGAAGCUAUUGCUGUGAAAGAAACAGAGGAGAUUGUGAAAGGAUGGGAGAAAAACCUGAAAGCUGUGGAUGAAGAUAUCAGGAUUGUGGAAAAUGAUUUGCUUGAGAUUGACCAAAUAUUGAAAAGGGUUGAGAGUAAGAUUGGAGCUGGAUAUGAAUCAUGGAGAAGAACCCAAGCAGUGCAGAAACAAAAGGAUAACAAGCUUCGCCAGUUGAAGAAAUUACAAGCAACUCAAAAGGCAUUACACCACAAGUUAGGUAUUGGAAAUGAGGAGGAAUUAGAACAACAGGUCGAGUUUAAGACUUCAGAUGGCAAUAUUCAGAAUAUGAGUGAAAACAGGAAAUUCCCACUUGUCAGAGAAAACCUCUCAGGACAAGAUGCAUUGAUUAAGACUGGAGAGAUGACACCAUUUGGAGGGACUAUUCCAGGCAAUGGCAAUAAAGUGAACAAGAACAAUUUUGGUGCAACUGAUGCUGAAAACUCUAAGAAUUACAAGCAUGGUGGGAAUGAGGAUGGUGAUGAUGACAAGGACAACUAUGAUGAAGAUCUUUAUGAUGCUGAAUAUGUUCCUGAUGAAGGCGAGCUCAAGUACAGUUGGUUUGAGGAUGAUGAGAGGAACUGGAAUGAGGAUGAUGUCCAACCAACUAAAUCAGAGAAGCAGACUGGAAGAAAAAGAUCUUUAAAUGUUGCAUAUGUAGAAGAAGAUAGCCUUAAGCCAAAGAAGAAGAAGAAGAAAAAAACAAAUCAAAUGACCAGAAGAAGAUAUGACAAUAAACCUGUUGAUGAUGGAAAUGAAAAAUUGUACCGCCAAAGGAUCAGGGAAUGGAGAAUCAGUGAACUUCUCAAAAAGAGAGGCAAUUCCUCAGCUGUUGAAAGUGGUGAGGAAGAGUAUCCUGAUGUAGUUUUUGACAAGGGGCUUAAGAUUCCAGGCAAAUUAUGGGACAAGUUGUACAAAUACCAACAGACAGGUGUAAAGUGGCUGUGGGAGCUUCACUGUCAGCAGGCUGGUGGUAUUAUUGGUGAUGAAAUGGGCCUGGGAAAGACUGUUCAGAUGAUUGUUUUCCUUGCUGGACUGAAGUACAGUAAAAUAUCAGCCAGGAAGAAGCAGCCAGGGCUAGGACCAGUGUUGAUUGUGUGUCCUGUGACAGUUCUUCAUCAGUGGGUACAAGAGUUUCAUAAAUGGUGGCCAGAGUUCAGAGUGGCUGUACUUCACGAAACAGGAAGUUAUCAAGGAUUCAAGCAAGAGCUGAUCAAAAAGAUGUGUAAAGAGAACGGUGUGUUGGUGACAUCCUUUGCGGGAAUUCGUCAACAUCAGGAUCAUCUGCUUGCCCAGAGGUUUGACUAUGUUAUUCUGGACGAGGGUCACAAGAUUAGAAAUCCAGAUGCAGAGAUAACUUUGGCAUGUAAACAGUUUCGCACUUGUCACCGCAUCAUCCUCUCUGGCUCACCCAUGCAGAACAACUUGCGAGAACUGUGGUCGCUGUUUGACUUUGUGUUUCCUGGAAAACUUGGCACCCUGCCUGUGUUCAUGACUGAAUUCUCCGUGCCUAUUACUAUGGGGGGAUAUUGUAAUGCUACUAAAGUUCAGGUCGAAACAGCAUACAAGUGCGCCUGUGUUCUCAGAGACACAAUCAACCCAUACCUGCUGAGAAGACUGAAGAAAGACGUCAACAUGAGCUUGGAUCUACCAGCAAAGAAUGAGCAGGUUCUUUUCUGUCGAUUGAGUCAGGAGCAGCGUGAACUUUACCAGCAGUAUUUAGACUCUAAAGAAGUGCAGGCCAUUUUAGCUGGUAACUAUAAGGUUUUUCCUGGUCUGAUCAUGCUGCGGAAGAUUUGCAACCAUCCUGACCUGACAUCAACAGCAGGCUCCCUGCUUAAAGCUAAACAGGAUGCUCUCAAGGCUGAACUAGGGGGGAGGGCUGAGGAGGAAGAACCUGACCCUGAUGAUGGGUAUGGGGACCCCAAACGGUCUGGAAAGAUGAUUGUUGUGGAAGCUUUGUUGAAGAUGUGGCAAGAACAGGGACAUAGAGUAUUACUGUUUUCGCAGACAAGACAGAUGUUAAAUAUCCUUGAAAAGUUUGUCGAAGCCAGAGGCUACAGAUACUUCAGACUUGAUGGUUCGACACCAGUGGCGUCCCGACAGCCUUUGAUCACAAACUUCAAUGAGGAUCGUUCAAUUUUCUUGUUUAUUCUCACCACUCGUGUUGGCGGGCUGGGCGUGAAUCUUGUGGGCGCAGACAGGAUUAUCAUUUAUGACCCUGAUUGGAACCCCAGUACUGACACGCAGGCACGAGAACGAGCCUGGAGGAUCGGACAGAAGAAGGACGUCACCAUCUAUCGCUUAAUCACAAGUGGAACAAUAGAGGAGAAGAUCUACCAUCGGCAAAUUUUCAAACAGUUCCUCACCAAUCGAGUUCUGAAAGAUCCCAAGCAACGCAGAUUCUUUAAGUCCAAUGACCUUUAUGAGCUCUUCACAUUAGACAACUGUGACGUCAAAUACGGCACAGAAACAAGCGCCAUUUUCGCUGGGUCAAACUGUGAAGUCAAAUUGGGAUCGCGUCGAAGGAAGAAAAGGGAGGCUGAACAAACAAAGGUGGUGAAGCGUCAAGUCGACAACGAGGAAACAAAAAAAUCGAAAAAGGUAGAAAUAGAAAAGGAUGCACAAAUUAGUGGAGGUGCUUUCUCGAUCGAUUGGCGGGACAUAGCUGAAACACAAAGCUUGUCACAGGAUAAGGAAUCAAAGAAAGAAGGGCAAGAAGCAUCGAAGGAAGUUUACGUGGAAACUGUUGGUGAAAAAAGCUCCGCUCAAGAUGGUCUCAUUGACGAGGGAAAGGAAAAGAAAAGUGGAGAAAACGAUGAGCUCGUGAAUGAAGAUUUGGCAGCGAAAGCCAUGUUAGUCGAUUCUUACGAUGUAGAGAAAGAAGAAUCUACAUUAGCCUCUUCUAAACAAGAUGAAGCCCACAUCCAAAUUCAAACGUCAGAACAAUCUGAAUCAAAGAGAGAGAACACAGCAACAAUUGCAGAAAAUGAUAAUAUUCCUAAGGAAGACAACCAGGGAAGCCUUGAAAAAGAGACUGGUCACGUUUUGAAAAAAGGAAAAAAGAACCUUUCGUCUUUGAGCGAUAAUGAACUGACGAAGAAAGUUAAGCGAAAAAAAAAGAAAAAAAGAAUGAAAAGGAAACGUCAAGGAGGAGUAAUUGACGGUCAACACAUCGAUCAUCUGGAUCACAGCGAAAUCUACAACUCAGUGAAUGCUAGUCAGUCAAGUGCAGAAGAAAUGGAAGAACAGAAACAGCAAAACGCUCAUCAGGACGAGUUUAUUCUGAAGCAUCUCUUUAAGAAAUCAGGUGUACAUAGUGCGUUGAAGCAUGACGUCAUCAUGGAGGCCAGCAACCCGGAUUACGCACUGAUUGAAACAGAGGCAAACCGUGUGGCAGAGCAUGCUGUGAAAGCGCUGAAACGAUCACGCCAGUUAUGUCUUAGUGCGAGCAGAGGGGUUCCUACAUGGACGGGCGCGUCAGGUUCAUCUGGUUUGACUGAACCAGCCGCAAAGAGGCCACGGUUUGGACAGAAGAACAAGGUCGGUUCAGAGGAAGCUGCAAAAUCCUCCUCCACUUUGGAAGUCAAGCCUCACUUCAGUGGCGACCAAAUGGGCAUGAGCAGUUCGUCUGCAGAAGGCACGGAACCAGUCCACUCUAGUCAACUGCUGGCGAAGAUGAGGGCUAGAAACAACAUUUUGCCUAGCAAUGAGACAGGGCAUGGAAACGAGAAUGACGACUUAAUUCUCCAGAUAAGGACUUUCAUUGCGUCACAAGGAACAACGAUGGGACAAGCCACAACUCAGGAAAUCUUAGACGAGUUUCGUUCUAAACUCCCAUCUAAUGAAACUACCUUGUUUCGCUCUAUGUUGCGACAGAUUUGUACUUUUACAAGGGAUUCGUCAUCUGGGAAAGGCAUCUGGAUUUUAAACGAAGAGUUUAGAUGAAGCACCAAUUUCUCACAACUAGGGUAGAAAUCUCCUAUGCUCUCCAAAGUAAUGGAAAUGGUUGCUUGCAGUCGCAUAAGUAGCUGGUUAAAAAAAAUGGUGAUCUUCAAAAAUCUUUAAUCUUUAUAGGCGCUGAAAAAUUUAUCAGGCUACAAUAUAAAAUGAAUAACUUUAUAUCUAUGCUUUAAAACGACGUAAUCUUAACACCUUCUACAGUUUAUAUAUAACCAAACUAGUCAGCAACUUAGACCCGGUUUUCCAUGAAUGCUGUGCAUUUAGUCUAUAAAUUGAGUUGAAGACUUAGCGAUUCGGAGAUAUAUAGUUCGCGGAAAAGAAACAAUCAGUUUGUGUACAGAGCGAUUAAGAGAUUAAGCUUGACGCGAACGUUAAGAAAAAUUGAACUUCUUGCCUUCUACUUUUAAUCCUUUUGAUACUAAGAUGAUGUAUGUCCAUUGACUAUGGAGAAUAAUAUUUUUUAGUGCAUAUCCACUGGCUCGAUUUAAGAAUUACAGACAAAGGUGAGACACGACAGAUGUCAAUUUUGCUUUUUGCCGUUCCUGUAAACGUAAUGCUAAUUAACAGCUUACGAACAUUUAAGAUUUUAGUAGGUUCGCAAAAACUGCGCCCAAAAAUAGCCAUGAAAUUGGCAGCUGAAGAAGAACGUCUGUGAUGACAGUCUGUUGAAAUUUCAAAAUAACGAAAGUCGCGGAAAUUUGCAAGAUUUUCAACGAAGAUGAAAAAAAAAUAAUGAAAUAAAAAAACAAAAUAAACAUUAGGUUAACUGGCCUGAAGAUGUCGGUUAAUAUGUUGUGAAAUCUUUAAAAGUAAAACAAAUUACACUAUAGUUACGUUAGUUUUGUGUAGCUUUUGUUCGGCAUCCUGGCAAACGAAGACAAUUAAAUACUGAAAUUAUCAUAACUAAAGUAAAAUAUUGUGGAUUAGAAUUAUAUAUCCGAUCUUUCACUUGAUAAUUUUCCCUUUCAACCUAUUUCUUGAUAGUAAAAUUGCUUAAAUCUUAAGUAUUUCCCAACACUGAUCAAUUUAGUUUCGGCAGAUGGCUUAGAUUGUUUAGUUACUUAUUAAAAUCGUAGUUACUAACCCGCGUUAGACUAGUUAUGGCUAUCUGCAGGUCAGCCAAUGAACUAUUGAUAGUUUGAAAGUGUAAAUAGAAGGUUUGUGUUCCUUUGAAGUGAGGUUCAUAUAAAAAAUAUCUACCUAAGGUAGGAAAAUACAAACCGUAACCGAGAGAAAUUCCAAGGGAUUGGCUGAGCUUUAUGGUACCCUCGCUUAUGGACUUUUUUACUUUUUUAACGAUAAGGAAACUAGUACAGUUGAGAGCAUAGCUUCCCGGUGUUUUCGUCAAUUAAGAUGGUGAUCGCGAGCAAUAAGAUCAGACUCCUUGUGAAAAUAAACUCAGUGUAUAAGAAAAAAGAAGAAUAGGAAGUAGAAGAUGUAAACGUUUGUUGUCAGCCACUUUAAGUUUGCGUUCUAAACGCGCUACAAACAAACAACUAUUUGUAGACCGAGGUAAAAAUCAUGAAGCUAGGUGAUCAUUCAAAUAAAAGAGUUUUAUGUUUUCCAUUGUUAUAAUAAACUGAGUUUC